AUGGGCUGCGACCACACGUCACCGGGGCCUUGCUGUGGCGCCACCGCGCCCGCCCCCGCUCGUCACGGCCACAUCGGCCACGCGCUGCAUCGCCCGGCCACGCUUGCCACAGCGCCCGCCUACCUCCUGCUCGAGCUGAGCGCACGCCGCCCUGCUCGCUCGCGCACUGCCCCCUUGAGCCCCGCGACGGCCGCGCCCGCGCAUAGGCGCGUCCCUGCCGCUGCUCUACAUCGCCCCGUCACCGUCUGUUGGCCACCGCCCCUUCCCCCUGCUCGUCUCGACGCCUCGAGCCCCGGGCCUUCCCCUGUUCGCCGCGCCGAUCGCGCCCGUUCCGCGCCUGCGCUCGCUCGCUACCGUCCGCGUCCGCCCCCUUGGCCGCUCGACGCUGCUGUGCGCGCCCACGAGCGAGCGCGUCCGCGGCUGCGCCACGGCUUGCCAGCACGCGCCCACGCCUCACCGCUGUGCUGCCGUUGCUGCGGCGCCGUCCCCCUGCUGCUGGUGCACCGCCGCGCCCUGGCUCCCCUGCGGCUGCUCCUCUGCCGCCCGCGGGCCCGCUCGUCAUCGGCCCCGCACUCCGCCUCCCCGUCGCCGGCAACCUCGCCCCUGCACCGGGCAGGUUGCGCCCCUGCGCCCACGCACCCGUUGGCGCCUGAAACCCGCUAA